AUAUUGUUGUCAAAUACUGUCCUUCGUUUUUUUGUGUAUUUUUGAAAUAUACGCAAGGUGUAAAAGAUAAAAACUGAGAGAGAUAAAGAUAAAUUCAUAGGGUGUUUAUAUUUUGGUGUUCAAAUAACACAACCGAUAUAGUUAAGAUACAUACAAUCUUAUAAGUACAACUUAAAGGGUAAAAGACUGCAGGGACCCUUGAUAUGUUAGGGCGCGAGUUUGAACCCGUAAUACCCCUCUUCUCCAUGCACACUCAGUUUUGCCGCAAGCAUCUUUAAAAAAAAUACACACACUAUUAAUAUAAGUUGAAUUUCAAAAUGUGACGGGAAAAAUCCAGAUAUGCCAAAACUAGUCCAGAUUCAUUGUAUGUACUUGGACUAACAAUGCCAAUAAUGCUGAUUCUGCUUUUACAAUUUUCCUACACAUAUUUUUUGUCAUUUGUAAACAACCUUUAUAUAAGAGAAACACAAUAAACCAUCUUAACCAUUGAUUUAUCAACUCUAGCAACAGAACAACAAUGGGAGAGGUGGACCCAGCUUUUGUCCAAGACCAACAACAUAGACCAAAACUAUCCAUUAUCGAAGCCAAAGGAAUUCCCGAAAUUGACCUCUCCCCUAUACUCCCCCAUGCAGCUCCAGAUCAAUAUGACAUUGAUACCUUAGUGAAGGAAAUUGGAACUGCAUGCAAAGAGUGGGGUUUCUUUCAAGUCACAAACCAUGGGGUGUCCCUUAGUCUUAGGCAGAAGCUUGAGGAAGCUUCUAGAAAGUUCUUUGCUCAGAGUUUGGAGGAUAAGAAGAAAGUUGGAAGAGAUGAGAUCAAUCCUACUGGUUAUUAUGAUACAGAGCAUACCAAGAACGUUAGAGACUGGAAAGAAGUGUUUGAUUUUCUUUCUAAAGAUCCCACCUUUAUUCCUCUGACUUCUGAUGAAUUUGAUAAUCGGGUUAUUCAAUGGUCUAAUCCAUCCCCUCAAUACCCUCCACAAUUCAGGUAGUUAAGUUAAUUAAUUUUCAAUCCUUACUAAUUAUUCAUUAUUCGUUCAUUAAUUAUUGAAAGUCUCAUGUGAAUUGGAUAUGAUAGGAUUGGAAAAUUGUUUAUAAGUGAUGAGUAUCCGACGCAUUAUGAAUUGAUUUUGUGGGUCCGAAUCAUACACAAUCUAAAUUUUAAGAUAAUACCGGAGUACUAUAUUAGAUCUUUGGCCUAGGUAGUUAAUCCCAACGUUUUUUGGUGAGAUUCAUCCCGCUGUCCCGAUACAGUGUAGUGCUUGACCGCGACAGCGUGAAGCAAGAUCCCGGCGAGAUCCCGCUAGUCCGGCGUAGUUAAUCCCAGGGAGAUCUCGCUAUUAUUUCUUGUUUCUUCCUUCUCUUUGUUGUUUCAACUUUCACAUAGGAAGAAGAGGAAGAAGAAUAUGCUAAUGAAGAUGAUGUUUAUCUUUGAUUCCUAUGCUAGAACAUGGAUUUGAGUUUUAAUAUUUAGUUAUUUUAUUACUGUGUGUUAAAGACUUCAAUAUGCAUCAUCUUUAUUUCCUUGACUUUUGUUGGUAUUUC